AUGACUGAAGCCCAUUUACUAUCCACAUCAAACAAAAUGGACAAGGAAAAAUUGCACGAAGUGGUGAGCGCAAUACCAGAGGAACACAAUGCCGCCGGGUACGAGCUAUAUGAAAAAGCCCAAGAUAUCUCCACCGAUGAAGACUUGGAGAUUUACAAAAGAGUAUUGCGCAAAGUGGAUUGGAGAAUCGUUCCAUUACUAUGCGUCACUUACACGUUACAGUUCUUGGACAAAUUAUCUUUAAACUACGCGUCGGCAUAUAGUUUAAAAGAGGAUUUGAAUCUCGUUGGACAACGGUAUUCGUGGGUGGCUGCCAUUUUCAACUUUGGAUACUUGUUUUGGGCCAUACCGGGCAACUACAUCAUUCAACGACUCCCCGUUGCAAAAUACACUGGGUUUCUCCUAUUCACUUGGUCCAUAAUCUUGAUUGGACACGUGGGGCUCCACAACUACGGCGGUGCGUUGGUCAUUAGGUUCGUUUUGGGGAUGUUUGAAGCCAGCAUCAGUCCGUCGUGCAUGAUCAUAUGUGGGUCAUUCUACACCAUUAAGCAACAGCCAAUACGCAUGUGUUUGUUUUUGUCGUUUAAUGGGGUUGCCACUAUGGUGGGAGCAUUGUUGGGAUUUGGAUUGGGACAUGCGACUCAUGCAAGUAUCAAGCCUUGGAAAUUGAUCUUUUUGGUGAUUGGAUUGUUGAAUCUUGUUUGGUCGGUGGUUUUCCUUUGGUUGUGUCCUGACUCGCCAGAACAGGCCAAGUUUUUGACUGAGGAGGAGAAGGCGGUUUUGAUUAAACAUGUUGCUAGUAAUAACCAAGGCAUCAAGGCAAAGAAGUUUGAAAAGUACCAAGUUGUCGAAGCGUUGCGGGACAGUUCAGUGUUGAUGAUUGCUUUGGUGGGGUUGGCCUGUGGGGUGAUUAAUGGUGGAUCGUCAAAUUUCAUUUCUGCCUUGAUUAAAGGAUUUGGAUUUUCUGGGAUCCAAGCCACGGCGUUGCAAUUGCCUCUUGGUGCAAUUGAGUUGGUGUUUGUUAUAGUUGGAGGGAUCGUGUCAUUCACUAUCAAAAACACGAGAUGUUACGUCUUGUUUGUGUUUUGCAUUGCUCCAUUAGUCGGUCUCAUUGGCAUCCACACCAUAUCACUUGACCAUCGAUGGUCAUUGGUUGGAUGUUCUUUUUUACAGUUUAUCAUUGGUGGACCGGUGAUAAUGUGCUGGAUACUACUCAAUGCCAACGUUUCUGGAACCUCCAAGCGCACAAUUGCCAAUGGAAUUUGGUUCUUGUUGUAUGCCGCGGGGAACAUUGUUGGUGCCAAUAUCUUUUACACUAGAGAAGCACCAAAGUACAAGAGUGGUGUCAUUGGGUUGAUUACGUGUUACUGCGGUAUUAUGGUAUUGGCAAUAUGUAUUAGGUUGGUGUUGAUGAGAAGAAAUAGGAUCAAGAAUAAGUUGCAACACGGCCAAACUGAGGAACAAAAGGAACAAGCGAUAUUGAACGGGUUUAUGGGAAUGACAGAUUUUGAAAAUGAGGGGUUUAGAUAUUCUUUAUAG